CCUUGGGUCGGGGUCACCCCAAGGAUCAAAGGCUGAAACCCUAGCGAAACGAAAUGCUUUUUUUCUAUCAUAUCGAAUGAGUUUGACAAAUUUUUGCCGAACGCAUUGAAGCGCAGAAGAAGAAAACGGGCAGAGAAAGGAUUUGGAAACGACAUAAGAGAUGAAUGGUGCAGGCAAGGAAGAGGAGCAGGACGGCAUGUCCGUGCAUUCUCCAUGCAAGGCUCCCCCUUCUUCAGCUUCUUCUCUCCCCAAGUCGCAGGUUGAAUUGGAGCUUAGAUUGUUGGAAGCCCUUGAAAUUUAUCCUCCAAUCAAAUUACGAGGUAUACAUCGCCACUUUGUGCUUUAUGGUCUAAUGGAAUUUUUGCGUAGAAGCUUUGAUCGGCACUUCUCUCCUGAUGAGGUUUUGCAGUUGCUGGAUCGAUUCUACAACUUGGAAAUGCUGGUAUGUAAUUACACUAAAUCAUGUGUUAUUGUCGUCGCUUGUAGACUUGUAGUUGUGGUGAACCAUGGAGACACCACCAUAAUCACCAAUGAAGUGGGAAGUAUUUGAUUUGACAUGAAAUGCUCAGAAAAGCAGCAUGGCUUGCUGAUUGUUAUUAAGAGUACAGCAGAUUCUUUUCCCAUGCUAAUUAAAGCAGACUCGAUUCCCAUUUAUUUGAUGAAUGUCCCUAUUAACUUGGUGGCAACUACAUUUGAUCACAGAGUUCUUAAAGUUAAUUUCUCAUUUCAUAAAAAUAUGAACUUAUAAUCUCCUGGUACGGCGGGAACUGCAUCCAAAUUUUUUGGGUAUAUUAUAUGUGGUAUUGCAUAAUUUUGGGUAUGUAUGUGUGUGUGCACUCUCAUGCCAUUGCAAACUUGCAAUAUUAGGUGAUCAAUAAUUUGUUUAGUAUAGCUGAUAUAUGAAUAUUGCAAUUCAUAGCUGGAAAGGGUAAUAAAAAACAUGAUGGAAAAUGAGUACAUUUAGUAAAACCUAGUUGUGGCUGUGGUUCAUUGAUUAUAAGACAUUGUGACCUGGUAAUGUAGGAAGAAUGCCAAAUGAACUGGUGAAAUAAUGAAAAUUGAUUCGAUUAUAAGGUUGUCGAUUUGUCAUAUGAAGACUAAAAUAGCUAGUAAAGAGAUUGUGUGCAAGUGUUUUCAUUUAUGAAAAAUAGUGUGUAUUACUUCUUUUUCCUCUGCAUCAGAUUGUUUUGAAUGUUUCAUCUAGUUUUACCACUUGAGCAUAGAGAAUACUGUCUAUGUUAUUUCAAUUGAUUGCUCAUGCUCCAAUGCUCGUUAGUUUUGAAAGUGUAUUGCUUAAUUUUCCACUGUAUCAUAUUGGUUAAAUGUUAUGUUUGGUUUCCAAAAUAGAAUGGGAUGGAAAUAGAAUGGUAUGAAAAUUUGAAUGGGGAAGUUGAAGAAAUCACAUCAUAAAUUCAAUUCAAUUCCAUUCCACUCGAUUUCAUUCUAUUCUCAUGCGCCAAACCAGUUGUAAAUGUUUAUCCUCUUUUAACACUAAUGGGUGCCCUGCUGAUGUUUUGGUAAAUUUCAGAAACCAGAUCACGAGGAGACAGAAUUCUUGAAUCAAGAGGAAGAGUUCUGCUUGCCCCAAAGUUACUUUGUGAAGGAAGAAUCAUAAAUCUAACCAAGUGAAUUCAGGUGUACAGAAAUAUCUUCGUUGUGACUUUUUUUGUUCAUUUGCAUAUAAUAGUCACCCUUGGUAUUAUGCUUUUAGGAUUGUUCUGUUUCUAUUACACAUUUUAUCAUAGUUAAGAAAAUUUCAGUUGUAUACACGAGGGAAGUGUUACUACAUCAUCUCUGGAAGAAGCUAGUCUUAAGCAAUCCUUUUAACUGAUGUUCUGUGGUUUUCCUCAUGUUUAUCUUCUAUCAACACACGCAUGCAUAUAGAAAAAGGAUUUUCCAGCUUAGUGGACACUUUAUUACUGUGCAAGAAUUUUUGUAAAUCCAUGAUAUGCAAUAUACAAGGAAUUCAUUGAAA